AUGGAUCACUCGACGCAUAUCAUAGAUCCAGAUGGUGAAGUGAUAAUCGUAUUGCAAAACGCAAACUCUCCUUUUGCUCACCCUCCUGAAGACGAUGUUCCCGAAGACGCUCCUCCCGAAGACGCUCCUCCCGAAGACGCUUCUCCCGAAGACGAUGCUCCCGGAGACGGUAUUGUGGAAGUGCAACCGUGUGAGCGGAUGGAUGAAGGAGAAUUUCGCAUUCAAGUUUCAGCAAAGCAUAUGAUGUUUGCCUCUUCAUUUUUCAAGAGAUGCCUGACCGGCGCUUGGAAAGAAAGCGAAGCCUAUCAACAGAAGGGCUUAGUUGAGGUUACCGCAGAGGGUUGGGAUUCUGAAGCGCUUCUUAUUAUCAUUCGUGCCAUACAUUGCCAAUACAGUUUAAUACCGAAGAAGGUAACCUUGGAUAUGCUCGCUAAAAUCGCAGCUAUAGCCGACUACUACGAUUGCAAAGAUGUUCUAUACAUAUUCACCGAUAUAUGGUUCAGUUCUCUGGAUAAAAAUGUUACGGCAUCUUCACAAGACCUAGAACUCUGGCUCUGGGUUUCUUGGUUUUUCAAACAUCCUACACAGUUCAAGGAAGCAUCAUCAACUGCUAUGUCAUGGAGUGAAGAUCUUAUUGAUGUUAGGGGGCUUCCGAUCCCCAAUCAAAUCAUUGGUAAGAUACGAUACUGGAAUAAGUGA